CAUAUAUUCCAAGAAUCCCACCACCAACGCCACUAUAAACACCUCACUACUAUAAAACUCAUAACCGACAGAGACUACUCCAGUACAGAGUUGUAUGAUAUCUUCAUCGUUCUAGACGCACAACCCAGUUCAGAGUUGGUUACUUUUCCGAUCAUGAACUCCUACAGAAUGAGGAAGAGCAGAGGUUUCAGGCUAAGAAUACGCAAGCUGGCUAAGAUCUUCAAAUGGAUAGUCCGACCCAGAAGGGAGGCUGCCCGGCACCAUAGGCUGGAACCAGCUACGGUGAGAAAGUACAACCCCAUUUCCAAGUUCUUCACCUUGGCAAGGUCUCUUCGUCGUGGAGCCAAGCAGCUGUCUUUUCCUCACUCGGGUUACAUGCGGGUCGGACAGGCUCCGGAGGAAGCCAAACCGGUGGUUGUUCCGAAGGGUCAUAUGGCGGUGUACGUAGGGGAGUCCGACGACGAUACGCAGAGGUACUUGGUGCCUGUUAUAUACUUCAAUCACCCGCUUUUUGGUGAGUUGUUGAAGGAGGCUGAGAAGGUUUACGGGUUCAACCAUCCGGGUCGGAUCGUUAUACCAUGUGAGGCUUCGGAAUUUGAGAAGGUGCAGAUGAGAAUUGCUGCAGCGGACUAUUGUCAACGGCGGAGGAGGAAUGGUAGCCGUCGCUUUUAGUGUAAGUUGAACCGGGGUGAUGAUCAUUUUGCGUAAAAUCGCCAUAAUGGUCCAAAUUCAUGAAAGUGAUUUUGAUAUUUUUUUUUGUCUUAAGAUAUAGUAAUAGAGGGGUAAUUUAUUACAUAUUGUGAAUUGAUAUAAAGAUCAACAUUAUCUUCCU